AUUGGCUGGAGACAGUAAUAGUCUCCUAUUGGCUGGUAGCCUAAACUCAAGGUCGCCUAAUUGGACGCGAUGAAAGCUGAGUGCGCAUGCUCUUUGCGUGUUCCUUUCCUGGAUUGGUGUGUGCAGGGUUUUGGUGUUCCAAUUGGCUAACGUCUGCAGGGAAUGAGCCGGGAGAUUUGAAUUUGAAGCUAGUUGGCCGAAAUAAACACCAGGAAGUUGCGGAGGAACGCCGGAGACCUUCGGUUUGUGGAGCUGGUGGUCAGCAUGUCCUUUCCUAAGGCGCCCCUGAAACGAUUCAAUGACCCUUCUGGUUGUGCACCAUCUCCAGCUGCUUAUGAUGUUAAAACUUCAGAAGUAUUGAAAGGACCAGUAUCCUUUCAGAAAUCACAAAGAUUUCAAAAACAAAAAGAAUUGGAACAAAAUCUUACUGUUGACAAAGAUGCUACUUUACCUGCUUCAGCAAGAAAAGUUAAGGCUUUGGGAUUAAAGGAAUCUCAAAAGAAUGAUAAAGAUUUGAAGAUACUGGAAAAAGAGAUCCGUGUCCUUGUGCAGGAACGUGGCGCUCAGGACAAGCGGAUCCAGGAUCUGGAAGCUGAGGUGGAGAAGAUGGAAGCAAAGCUAAGUGCGGCAGUCAGGGAAAAAACGUCUCUCUCUGCAAGUAAUGCUACUCUGGAAAAACAGCUUGCUGAAUUAUCCAGGGCUAAUGAGCUACUAAAAUCUAAGUUUUCUGAAGAUGGUAACCAGAAGAAUAUGAGAAUUCUAAGCCUUGAGUUGAUGAAACUUAGAAACAGAAGAGAAACUAAGAGUAUCAUGGCCAAACAGCAAGGCAUGGACGUGAAAUUACAGGUCACCCAGAAGAAUCUGGAAGAGUCUCAGGGGAAAAUAGCACAACUGCAGGGGAAACUUGUUUCAGUAGAGAAAGAAAAGGUUGAUGAAAAGUCUGAAACAGAAAAACUCUUAGAAUACAUCGAAGAAAUAAGCUGUACAGCAGAUCAAGUGGAAAAAUACAAGCUAGAUAUUGCCCAGUUGGAAGAAAAUUUGAAAGAGAAGAAUCAUGAAGUUUUAAAUCUGAAGCAGUCCCUUGAGGAAGAUGUUGUUAUGUUAUCUAAACAAGUAGAAGAUCUGAGUGCUAAAUGUCAGCUGCUUGAAAAAGAAAAAGAAGACCUCAUCAACAGGGGUAGAGAACGGGAUGAAAAUCUAAAUUCUGAAAUACAAAACAUACAACAGAAGUUUAUUCUUGAAAAACAAGAACACGAGAAGCUACAACAAAAAGAGUUGCAAAUUGAUUUACUUCUGCAACAAGAGAAGGAACUAUCGUCUCGUCUUCAGCAGAAGCUAUGUUCUUUUCACGAGGAAAUGAUGAAAGAGAAGAGUCUCUUUGAGGAAGAAUUAAAACAAGCUCUGGAUGAGCUAGACAAAUUACAGGAAAAGGAGGAACAAACUGAAAAUCUGGUCAAGCAACUGGAAGAGGAAACAAAAGCUAGGGCUGAAGAACUGAAACUUCUAGAAGGAAAACUGAAAGGGAAAGAAGCUGAACUCCAGGAAAGUGAUGCUGCUCACACACAGGCCACCCUGCUUUUGCAGGAAAGGUAUAAUAGCACGGUGCAAAAUCUUGGAGACAUUACUGCUCGAUUUGAAAGCUAUAAAGCAUUAACAGCUAGUGAAAUAGAAGAUCUAAAGCUGGAGAACUUAACACUUAAGGAAAAAGUGGCCAAGGCUGAGAAAAAUAUAGAGGAUGUUCAACAUCAGAUACUGGCAACUGAGAGCUCAAAUCAAGAAUACGCAAGGAUGCUUCUAGAUCUGCAGACCAAAUCAGCACUUAAAGAAGCAGAAAUUAAAGAAAUCUCAGUUUCCUCUCUUAAAAAAAUAACUGAUUUGGAGAACCAACUCAAGCAACAAGGUGAAGACUUUAAGAAACAACUGGAAGAGGAAGAAGCAAGAAAAGCUGCAAAGGAAAACUCAGAGGCAGACUUAACAGAGGAAACGAACAAGUGGCAACUCCUUUAUGAAGAGCUAUAUAACAAAACAAAACCUUUUCAGCUACAACUGGAUGCAUUUGAAGCAGAGAAACAAGCUUUGUUGAAUGAACAUGGUGCAGCUCAGGAACAGCUAAAUAAACUAAGAGAUUCGUAUGCCAAAUUAUUGGGUCAUCAGAAUCUAAAGCAGAAAAUAAAGCAUGUUGUGAAAUUGAAAGAUGAAAACAGCCAACUCAAAUCGGAGGUGUCAAAACUCCGCUCUCAGCUUUCUAAGACAAAACAAAGUGAGAGAAAACUUCAGGAGGAAUUGAAUCAUGUGCUGGGUAUCAAACACUUUGAUCCUUCAAAGGCUUUUCUUCAUGAAAGUAAAGAAAAUUUUGCUCCCAAAACUCCAUUAAAAGAAGGCAACACAAACUGCUAUUGAGCUCCUGUGGAGUUUCAAGAAUUAUGCAAGUAAACAUCUGAAAAACUGUUGAAGAUUCUUUUAUUCUUAUUAGUUUUAGUGUUGUUGUUGCUGUUGUUAUCGUUAUGUUUGUAAUGAAUUUUUUAAAAUGUAUUUAAUAUGAACUUCCUAUCCUUAGGUAUCUGAAUUCACCAUUUCUACCAAUGUCUUCCGACAUUUUAUUUUCUGUUUCAGUACUGCCUCCUCGAUGUUCAUUUUUAUCACCUCAUUCUAAACUUUCUACCUGGCUUUCCAGCUUUACAACUCAUCCUAUCAAAUCAGCAUUCUUUUUAAAGUCACUCACCCCCCUAUUCUGAAACCUUAGGUGGUUUCAAGAUUCUAGUCCCAGGCUUUGUAGGUUGAAACUGAAGGGCUUUUCUAAUCUGAACCUGUUAAGCUAAGAUAAAACACCUUGGCUUGCUCUCUCCUCUACUUUGAUUCUCCUAAUAAUGUCCAUUUUGUCCUACACAUCAUCCAUUUAUCCAGUUCAAGUAAGAAGUGAGGGCAGGCUUAAUUCCACAGUAACCUCUUUAUCUCGUAUCAGAGUCACUGAGUUGGUCAGUAAUUUGCAGAUUCCUAGACUCCAUCCCAGUCCUACUAAAUUAAAACCUGGGCUUUGUCACAAAAAAUCUGCAUUUUAAACAAAUUCCUCAGUUAACUCUUAGAUACACUAAAAAUCUGAGAAACUCUGCCCUUAACCUCUUUAGAGAAUUUUUCUUAUAUUCCUUGGCAUUGGCCUGACUACUGGGUGUUUGAUUAGUAUUUCUGUAAUAUGAAAUAAAAACGACACAUGAAGUCAUUAACCCAAUUGUUCAACUUGUAUUAUGUGAAGUUACAUUAAUGCUUCUAUUUAAGAUGUAGUUAUUGUCUCUGCCCUCCCCUCCCCACCUUGUCACUAGAAUUACAAACAGUAGUAUACUAUUUAAGAAUGGUGAUUAUCCAUCUAAAAUGUCUGAUUUACACAGUAUGUUAUAAGCCGCCUUUUUAAUAAUAUUUUACC